AUGAGAGACGCUCAGCUCUCUGGAGGACGCUCCAAUCUAGAAUUGCUCCGUAGUAUGGAGUUGGCAGCAUCAACUGAAUCUUCCUUUGCUGACUGUUCUACGGGUUUUAGGGUUGGCACUUCUGGUGCUAGAUCUUCCGGGACAGGGACAGGAAAGAAGAAGAAGUAUCGCAGACGACCCCAAUCAGUUACUAGGAAGUCGCAGAAAGGGGACGGUACUAACAAUCUCAAUGAUACAGAGCAACAACAGAGCUCUGGCCAGCAGGAGUCUAGUCACAGUAAAAAGAAGGCAGAAGAAGUUGGAGAGGUCUCAGCCAAGUGUAUUAAGAGAGACCAAACAAGAGUGGAUCCAAUUGAUCUGCCGAAGAUCAAAUAG